AGGAUUGCGUUUCAAACUUGCAGCAUUGCGAUUUGCAAACUGUUCUAGUUCUACAUCGAAGACAUUCAACUCGUUAGAAAAGAAAGAUUAAAAGAUGCCUCCCAAACCUGGUGUUGCUUCAAAAGGUGGAAAGAAAGCUGGCAAGAAAGCCGGAGUUGGUGGUGACAAGAAGAGACGAUCGAAACGUAAAGAAAGUUACGCCAUUUACAUCUACAAAGUUCUGAAGCAAGUUCACCCCGACACUGGUAUCUCAAGCAAAGCCAUGGGUAUCAUGAAUUCAUUUGUGAACGAUAUCUUCGAGCGAAUUGCUGGUGAAGCUUCCCGAUUGGCUCACUACAACAAGAAGUCAACCAUCUCCUCUCGGGAGAUCCAAACUGCUGUUCGUCUGCUCUUGCCUGGAGAGUUGGCUAAACAUGCUGUCAGCGAAGGAACGAAAGCCGUGACAAAAUACACAAGCAGCAAGUAAAAAGGUUUCAAAACCUUCAAAACAAAAACCGGUUCUUUUAAGAACCACCAAAUAUCUGAAAGAAUUGAACGAAAUAACGAUAUUUUAUCAAGCAUGCACGCCGCCGAUCGGAGCGUGAAAUAUUACCUAGUUUAAAUGAGAACAAAAUAAGCCAAUCUGAAUUUGAAUUCGGUGUUAUAUCCCAAUCCCGUUUGAAUUAUAAGACUUUCAACGAAGAAAUUGGUGAUGUGUUUUCGGACUUCAUAGAACACCAAAAUAUAUCUGCAUCGUACGAUUUGUACGUAGCAAUCCGAUAAUCAAAAUCGCAACUCGGUAUACGUACUAAACUAAGCCCUGCCCAGAUAAUAUAAAUUAUAAUAUUUAAGACAAUUCAGUGACUUACCUGUGAAAGUGAUUCCUAAUCCAAAGUAAUGCUUUGGCAGCUUCACGCUGAAUGUUCCAGACGAGGCUACUAUAGAUUCUAGAAAAGUGAAAGAUAAGUUCCCUGAAAGACAAAUUUUCCCUGGACUAGUCAGUUUAUCCGCAUUAUUGUAUGAUAAAAGUUUAAUGACCACCAACACAAUCAGCACAAUGACCAACGGGUCCAAGACCCAUUGACGAGGGAUAGCCUAGUUAAUCUACGCAUUCCCAUGGUAUAAUUAUGUUGUGAUUGAGUAUUCAUCAUUUUAACAGUGGUUAAAAUACAGACAUAAA